AUGCCUGUAUCUCAACAACCAAGAUCUAUUUCUACUUUAAAAGCUGAUUGUUUCAAUUAUGAACAUAAUAAAAGACAUAACUAUCAUAAAGAAGAUAUUUUGAUACAUUGUCUUCUCCCUCGUGCUAGUAUCAAACAGCUUAAAGAAAUAUGUAAAACUGCUUUUGACUUAUCUCAAAGAUCACGAAUUAACACCUCUGCCAUUAAAUUUAUGUUUCUUAGAGAGGAGAUCACCAAACUCAGCAGUAAUGCUCUAUUUAGCUUUGAAGUUUCUUUUCUAGAUCCGAUGACAUUAUCAAGUUACCAGGAUGGCGACAUCGAGUUAUCAUCGUUUAUAUACAUUGAUGAUAAUGAUGAACAAGUGGGUGAAUUUACUCUAGAUAAUAGUACUCACUAUCUGCCAAGAUAUAAUAAAAUGGGACUGAUUCUUAAAGAAAUUGAAAAACUAAGUUAG